CCAAAUUUCCCAUCCACACUCCAACCAUGACGGUGGCUCGAUUAAUCCUUCGCUCCCUCCGCCGUCCCGCAUCUCUCCGCACCACCACUACCACCAGCAUAACCGCCGCCAUAAACCCUCAAUCUCUACCACUCCAGUCUCAAACAACAAACCUUAACAUCUUAAUCCCUCUUAGAACCUUCGUCCUUUCUUCCGCCGUAGAACAACUCGACCCUAUUAAACCUGAUUCUUUAACUGAUCUCGAUCAUGGACCUCGACUCAGUCUCCACAACCGCGUCCAAUCGCUAAUCCGAGCUGGUGAUCUCGACAACGCCUCUGUUGUUGCUCGACACUCACUUCUUUUCAGCAUACGUCCCACCGUUUUCACCUGCAACGAAAUCAUCGCCUCAAUGUAUCGUGCGAAGCGGUAUUUAGACGCCAUAGCUCUUUUCAACUACUUUUUCAAGCAAUCGAACAUAGUUCCUAAUGUUGUUUCCUACAAUUUCUUGAUUGUAUCCCACUGUGAAAAUGGAGAAGUUGAUAAAGCCCUACAAGUCUACCAACACAUUAAGGAUAAUGCUCCCUUUACUCCCUCUCAAGUUACUUUUCGUUAUUUAACCAAGGGUCUGAUUGAUGCUGGGCGUAUUGAUGAAGCAGUGAGCUUACUAUGGACAAUGAUUUGGGAUGGCAAAGGGGCUGACUCUCAUGUCUUCAACAACAUCAUAUCUGGAUAUCUGAAUUUGGAUAAUCUGGAAAAAGCCAAUGAAUUCUUUGAUGAACUUAAAUUCAGUUGCAGGGUUUAUGAUGGUAUCAUCAAUGCAACCUUCAUGGAGUGGUUCUUCAGUAAAGGAAAACCAAAAGAAGCCAUGGAGUCUUACAAGUCUUUGUUAGAUAAAAAAUUCAAAAUGGUUCCUGCUACAUGUAAUAAGCUAUUAGAGGUUCUUCUCAAGUGGGAAAAGAAACCAGAGGCCGAAGCUUUGUUCAAUAGCAUGUUAGAUACACACAACCCACCUGUUUUCCCAGCAGUAAAUUCUGAUACUUUCAAUAUCAUGGUGAAUGAAUGUUUCAAAAUGGGGAAAGGGUCAGAAGCUUAUAGUGUUUUCAAAAAGGUUGGUAAAUCACCAAAGUCAAAGAAGCCUUUAAUUGACAUGGAUAGAGAGAGGUACACUGAUAAUGGCAUUAUUGAUAGUGUUUUCAAGAAGAUUGUUAACGCACCAAUGGCUAAGUCUUUUUCAAUGGAUACAAUGGGUUAUAGUAAUAUCAUAAUGAGGUACUGUGAGAAUGACAUGAUAGAUGAUGCAGAAAAAAUGUACGUGGAAAUGCGUAUGAAGUAUUUAUCACCUGAUGUCAAUAUCUACAAGACUUUGAUUGAUGCUUAUUUUAAUGCUGGAAGAAUUGAUAAAGCUAUUGAGAAGUACACGAUGAUGGUGGAUGAUGGUUUGAGAGUGAUUCCUACUAAUGCUAACAAAUGGUUCUCUAAUAUGAUUGAGAAUGGAAAGAUUUUGGAGUGUGAGCCAAUUUUGAGUAAAAUGGGUAAAAGAGACCCGAAACCAGAUGCUACUACUUAUGAUAUUGUGAUAAGAGCAUGUUGUGGAGCUUUAUGUUAUGAGAGGGCUUUGUUUUUGUUGCAACAAAUGGUUGAUUAUGAUGUUGGGAUUGCCCCUAUUCUUGGGGAGUAUGUUUUAGAGGUGUUUGGUAAGAUGGGGCGACAAAAUGAGAUUUAUUUGCUUCUAAAUGCAAAAUGCUCUGGUUAUAAAGAAAAUAUGUCGCCUUUUAAUGCACAAGAAUAUAUGGUGGUGAAACCUGAAUAGUUAUAGAUUGUAGAAUGAAUAUUGAACCUCAAAUUGUGAAUGGGUACGAACAGAAGCAUCGGUUUUUUUUUCUUCUUUUGUUAGGACUUAGGACAUAAAAUUGAAGAUUAUAAUGGUACAUUAUUAUGAAAAAAAAUUAUUGCAUGGUU